AUGAUUUGUGGUUAUGAUGUUAAGCUACCAGCAAAUGUGGAACUGUAUAGAACUCAGAAAACCAUGAUUGCAAAGAAACAGUUGAGCAGAAUUUACUGGCAAGCAAUUUUAGGCAAAACAUUGGCCUUGCUGUCUUCAACUUGCGCUUGGCUAGCUAAGUAUAAAGAAGAAAGAAUACAGUCUAAGCGGGAGUGUAUUGCGUGCAAUAAGAAAUGGGAAACAUCAGAAGUAAAGGGUGAUGGAGUCAAUGAAUGUAAGGAGUCAUCACAUGAACUUCCUGAAACAUUGUCGGAAAAACAAUUUGAGAAGAACGACUUAACAGAGGAAUUUGAUAUGGAUUUCGUCUCGAGGGUUCCUUUUAAGUCUAUGAUUGGGACCGACUUUGAAUCUUUUGGGACCAAGCGCAUGAAAGUUGAAGAAGGUGAAGACGCGAAGGGUCACGAGGGACACACAUGCUUGCCUAAAGUUUCUGUAUAUUAUGGUACUAGGACUCAUAAACAAAUUGGGCAAGUGGUCAAAGAAUUUUCGCGACUGCCAUAUGGACAGCAGGGAAUUUUAAAGCAUACGAUUUUGGCAAGUCGUGAACAUACGUGUAUCAAUGCUGUAGUGCAUGAAAGUGGAGGUGAUUUACAAAAUAAAUGUGCGGAACUUAUAGGGUCUAAAGGAGCAGGCUGUAUGUAUAAGAACAAUAUGCGACCGAAGUACGAAAGGCCGGUUGCUGCUAGAUCAUUGAUCGGUUCAAGUUCUGAAAAGUCGGACAAUGUUUGGGACAUAGAAGAUUUAGUGAAGGCUCUUUCUUCAUCGACCCCACCCUUGUGUCCUUACUUUGUCUCAACACGUGUCCUCACCAGUGAUGCAGACAUCAUAUUUUGUCCGUUUAAUUAUAUGUUAGACCCAAUUAUACGUGAUAACUCUGAUGUUAGUUUAAAGAAUGCAGUAGUCGUAUUAGACGAGGCUCAUAAUGUUGAAGAUGUUUGCCGAGAAUCUGCAAGUUUUUCGUUUACAGAGAAAGAAAUCGCCAGUACCUGUUUGGAUCUUCACCAUAAAGGAAAUGAAGUUGAGAAAGCCCUCGAAAAAGUCAAGAAAAAAUUAACAAAGUCGGGUGAAUUAAUUGACGAGUAUAGUUUGGAGGCUAUGGGCAAUGAUGUUGAAACCUAUCGACAGUUAAGUGAAUCAUUUAAAACGGUCAACAAGUUUAUGACCGAUAUUCUUAAUUGGUUCUCUGUGAUGACUGCAGAAGCAUUGGGAGCUGCGAAGGAAAGAGAUGGUCGAAGUGCACACACAUUUACUUGGGAAAGACUGUACACUUCGUUGACUGAAGCCAAUUUUUUGCGUUUUCAGGAUAAGACCAAUGGCAGCGCUCUAGUCUCACUACUUAAGGCCCUUACUGAUAUUUGUGGAGGCAACGAGUAUGCAGAUUUGUUCAAACCAAAUUCUUCAAGUCUUGUUUGCGCUGAAAAGUUUAUAUACUUCUUUAAAAUCUAUUUUAUGGAAGACUACCGAACGUGUUAUAAGUUGUUUGUAUGCGCAGAAAAACCAUUUGAGCAGCGUCGAUUUGGAAAUCGAGUUGAAAAGCCGGUACGUUUAGUUAUAGGUGAAAAUUUGUUUUCAUACUUACUUGUAAUUCACUAUAUGAUAUUUCGGUCUGAUGUCUUGGAUAUUGGUGCUUUUGCAAAUAAAAGUGACCGUUUGUGGCUUGACUCCCGAGUCCUUCCAAAUGGAUACCGUGAAGCGAAACAAGGGUACCGUAUAAAUUUUGAGCUAUGGUGCAUGCGGCCUGCUUUGGCUUAUCUUGAUGCUUUUAAAUCUUGUCGUUCAGUAAUUCUUGCCUCUGGAACUCUCUGCCCUAUGGACACUUUUAAGUCUGAAUUAGGUGUUGACUUUCAACAACAAAUGGAGGGGAGUCAAGUAAUUCCGGAAGAUCGCAUAUUUGCUGCUGUAAUACCAGCGGGCCCUAAUGGUCAUCGUUUACGAGCAACAUUUCGAAAUAUUAAUGGUGAUAAUCAUUUAGUGAGCGAGAUUGCGUCGGUUUUGAGAGCUGUAUGCGAAAGGGUACCGAAGGGUAUUCUCUGUUUUGUUGCCAGCUACCGACUACUAGAGCAGCUAUAUGAUUUUAUGGAAUCUUCUGGCAUACUUAGGCAGAUUAUGACUCUUAAGCAUGUUCUAAAGGAGCCUAGACGUUCUGCACAAAUGAACGAGGUUAUGGCUGAGUAUGAAGAAGCAAUCGUAUUUCCACAGCAUUUUGGCUCCAACUGCACUGGGGCAUUGAUGUUUGCAGUUUUUAGAGGCAAAGUUUCAGAAGGUAUUGAUUUUGCUGAUGACAGAGCCCGUUGCGUUGUUUCUGUUGGCAUUCCAUUUCCAAAUGCAAUGGACGAACAGGUCGUAGAAAAGAAACGUUUCAACGAUGAAAAUAGCAAAAAACUGCAUCUUUUAUCCGGGGACGACUGGUAUACGAUGCAAGCUUACAGAGCUUUGAACCAAGCUCUUGGCAGAUGUUUGAGGCAUCGUAAUGACUGGGGAGUCAUUUUGCUCGUAGAUGAUCGACUUUUACCAACGCGCGCAAACCCCAAUGCUGCUAAAGUUUCCCGAUGGAUUAGAGAACAACUGCGGCCUCUUCGUGGAUACGAUGACUUUUUGUUACAGUUAAAAAAAUUUGUUAGUGAAAUGCAAACAGAAAAUUCGGAUGGUAUUUCUUCUUCCGAGCAGUAA